AUGUCUGACGAAGAACUUAAAAGAAACAAUGGUGCUGAACAAGAACAAAGGGAAAACGGCGGAGGCGACGAGGGCGACGCAUGGGGUGGCCAAGGGUCUUCGGAUAAAAAUCGCUAUGCCAAGAUGCCUGUUGAUAGAAAUGCGCCAUAUUACAACAUGAACCACAAGAAUCGCGGUAUGGCGUUGAUUUUUAACCACGAACAUUUUGAUAUCCAUAGCUUGAAAUCUCGCACAGGCACUAAUGUCGACAGUGACAAUCUGUCUAAGGUUCUGAGAGGCUUGGGAUUCCGAGUUACUGUUUUCCAUAAUCUUAAAUCUGAAGAAAUAAACAAAUACAUUCAGCAGACAGCAGAUAUGGAUCACUCAGAUUCUGAUUGUCUGUUGAUUGCUGUGCUUACUCAUGGUGAAAUGGGUAUGUUGUAUGCUAAGGAUACACAUUACAAACCAGAUAAUUUGUGGUAUUACUUUACUGCUGACAAGUGCCCUUCCUUAGCAGGCAAACCUAAAAUGUUUUUCAUUCAAGCUUGCCAAGGUGAUAAAUUGGAUGGAGGAAUUACACUGAUCAAUCGUACUGAAACUGAUGGUUCUUCUAGCACCCAAUACAGGAUUCCUAUUCAUGCUGAUUUCUUGAUAGUGUUCUCCACUGUGCCAGGAUACUUUUCUUGGAGAAAUACUACUCGUGGUUCUUGGUUUAUGCAAGCUCUUUGUGAUGAAUUACGCUACUCAGGCACUGACAGAGACAUACUCACUCUUCUGACCUUUGUUUGUCAGAAAGUAGCAUUAGAUUAUGAGUCCAACACUCCAGAUACACUAACUAUGCAUCAGCAGAAGCAAGUUCCUUGUCUUACCAGUAUGCUCACCCGUUUACUUGUUUUUGGAAGAAAAUAA